AAUUGAGAAAGUUCAUUGUAUAGUACAUGAUCAAGGCUCAAACAUGAUUCGAGCUAUGAAUGUUUUAAAUGUUACUCACAUUGAUUGCACCGUACAUCAAAUUCAGCUCUGUGUCCGAGCAGGUAUAGAAUCUGAAGAUUAUCUUUUGAAAAUUAUUGAAAAAAAUAAAAUUGCUACACACUUCAACCAUUCCAUAUUAGCUCAAGAUAAAUUACGUAAAAUACAAACACAGCGACUUAAUCAAUCAUCUCUUGCUGUUAUACAAGACUGCCCAACUAGAUGGAACAGCACAUAUUAUAUGAUGGAACGGCUAUUAAAAAUUAAAGAUUCUAUAGUGUCCGCAUCCACAAGUGAGACAUCUCACAACAACGAGAAAUUGCUCGUUCAAGCAACAUGGUCCUUUGAGCCCGAUAUCUUCACAGCAAGGUUGUCCAAAGGAAUACAAGGUGCGAGAUAUCCAACGACGCUAACGUAUAAGCGGAUGGCUUGA